AUGGCAGACCACUGUUCAACAUCGAGUGCUACAAAGCGGCCUGACACCAAGAUAAGUCAGGUUGUGGACUCCAGCCCACCACCGCGCCGCACGUUCCGCUCCUUCAUCUGGGACACAGAUACGCACCUGAAAACCCCCGAGGAGCGACGCUUGCUCCUCAAACUCGACGCAGCCAUCCUCAGCAUCGGAUGCCUGGGUUUCUUCAUGAAAUACCUUGACCAGGGAAACCUGGCCAACGCCUACGUCUCGGGGAUGCAGGAAGAACUCGGCAUGUAUGGCAACCAGUACACCUACGCCGGGACCCUGUACACGAUCGCGUAUGCCGUGAUGCAGAUCCCGAGUACGCUCAUCAUCCAACGCGUGCGCCCGAGUAUCUGGCUCGCUGGGAUGGAAGUCGCCUGGGGCGCGUUCACCUUCGCUCAGGCAGGGGUCCGGACCGUCCCCCAGUUAUAUGUGUUUCGGUUCCUGAUCGGCCUCUUCGAGAGUUCCUUCUUCCCGUCCCUGUUGUACCUGCUGGGCAGCUGGUAUACCAAGACCGAGCUCGCGAAACGCGUGGCACUGUUCCACAUGACCGCGCCCCUGGGCACCGCGUUCGGGGGGUACCUUCAGGCGGCCGUGUAUGAGAACCUCAAUGGGGCGAGGGGGAUCGACGGCUGGCGCUGGUUGUACCUUGUCUGUGGGUGCAUGACCGUUCCUGUGGGUCUGGCGACGUUUCUGUUCCUUCCUGACACACCGUAUACCACGCGGGUGUGGUUUUUAUCGGAGGAGGAGCGCGAGCUAGCCAAAGCGCGCGUCAGCAGGGCGGGCGUCGCGCCGCCGGUGAAGAUUACCUGGAAGACGUUCACAGGCGUGUUGAACUCGUGGAAAUGGUAUGCUUUUGUCAUUGGCUAUGUGCUGUACGGCUCCUCCUGCGGCGGCAACGGCUACUUCGCCAUCUGGCUCAAGUCAGAGAACUUCUCUGUGGCCGAUCGCAACCUCAUUCCGACGGGGACUUCGUUGAUCUCCGCCGCGUGUGUGGUGCUGUGGGGGUUUCUGUCCGAUUAUACCGGAAGCCGGUUUGCUUGGGUGCUUAUCCCGCUGAUAUGGGGCCUCAUCCCCAACGGUAUCCUGGCCGUCUGGCCCCACAGUCUCGCACUGAAGGAAUUCGCCUUCCUGACCAUCGGGAUGCAGCUCAUGACCGCAGUAUUCUACUCGUCGGCCAACGAAGUAUGCGCGGACAACAACGAGCAGCGCGCGGUGGUGAUCAGCAGUAUGAAUGGCUUCCAGUACGCGGUCGCUGCCUGGCUGCCGAUUGUCAUCUUUCCGCAGACCAUGGCCCCGUCGUUUCGGUACGGCUUCCCGGCCACGUUUGGGUUGGUGCUAGCGGCCAUCAUUAGUGUGGUGGUAAUACAGCUGUUUGUUUGGCGGGAUGAGCGGAGGGCGAAAGCACGUCUGGCGAGUCUGGGAUCGGAUGAUGAAGGGGUUGUUGCGUGA